AUGUCCUCUCGUGACUCCCUGUUGCUGCUGAGAGAGGAGCAGCGCCGGCGCUUCGAAACUGCCAAGAAAGCGGGCACCACACCUGAGGUGCGUAAGUGCAAUGCGUGCCAGCAGCCUCCCUACUCAGCCAGCGUGUGCCCUGCCUCGGGGCUUUUCCACGACCUCGACAAGAAGAGGCUCAUUGGUGGCACUGUCGUCACCUCAAACGUCAUCUCCUCCUCGCAGCUCAUGGCGGCCAUUGACCAGACACGCGUGAGAUGGGUGCCAAGUCGUACCCAGCUGGUGAAGGUGGACGCGCAGUCGAUCAAUAUCUUUCAGAGCUUUGUAGCGCAGAUGGAUUGGAAGUUGCAGCGCUACGCAGUCCUCUACGGCCUCUACGACGACGCCACGCAUACGAUCGAAGUGCACGCCGUCUACGAGCCAGAGCAGCACGGUAGUACCUACGCCUUCGACCCCCUCCCGGACGCGCACAUGGACAAAGUAGAGAAGAUCGCCAAGGCGCUGGGUCUGCGGCGCGUCGGCGUGGCGUGUACUCAUCCCAUGCGCGACCCAGAACACAUCUUGUUGAACUACCGCGAGCUGCUGCUCUGCACCAAGGAGCAGUCCCGCUACGGUGAUGAGUGCGCUUUGCUGACUGUGGCACCGGCAGCCAUGCCGUCGACAGAGAGCAGUGGCAAUACAAGCGCCCCGGGUGAGCUGCUUACCGACUCCGCGGCGGCAGCGAGCGGUGCAACUCGCGAGUCGACCAUCGUAGUCUCCUGCCAAGCCUGGCAGACGUCGCCGCAGUGCGUCCACCUUUAUCGUCUUGGAGUGCUGCAGAAGCCUCCGGGUGGCGAGGAAGCGUUGCAGGACGUCGAGAAGGCACGGCAGGUGCAUUGCACAAUGCCGUUGGAGGUGGCUCAGACGGAGACUGACCCGAGCGGACACCGGCGCUUUGUCACUAAGUCUCCGAGCACGGAGAUCGACACGCGCUGGUUCACGAGCUACAUCGCGGUUCAGCAAUUUGUGUCGCCUAUCGUCCGCGGGGCCUUCAUGCGGCUCUCGCGCCCAGGUAUGCCACCGCCGGCGCUGCAGAACCUGCGUAACUACAUGAACGAUCCAAAGCGGAAGGGCAUGCCGUUUGCCGAGAGAAUCGCCGAUUUUCACGUGCUCGUGUACCUCUUGACGCAGAUCUUUACCACCGACGAUGAACUUCGCGCACUUUGCUCGGUGGCGCGCACCAAGAUGAUGACGGAGGAGGCAGCCAACUACCAGGCCAUCCUGCAGGGGAUGAUGCCCACGUAA